UUUCAGCUAAAACAGAAUGAGGGAGCUUGACCCGGACGAGUCGAACCUUCUCCUCGAUGAACAACUGUCGAUCCGGGAUGUGAUAGAACAAGGUCCAUUUUCAAAUGUAUACCGAAUACUUCAUGGACCAUCAAAUCGAAAAUUUUUACUGAGAUCAAUCAAUUUGAAUUUGUUCAGACAGCACACCGGGUUAGGAUUUGAAGAAAUCGACGAGGAAAUUAGAAUAUGCCAAAAUCUACAGCACCCUUACAUAUGCCGACUGGAAAAAACUAUCAACAGCGUUCAUUAUCGACAUAUCAUUUUUGAGAACAUGGAGGGAAAUGAUAUUUGUUUUGAAAUAGUUCAAAGAGCAAGUAAUGGAUUCGUAUUUUCUGAAUAUGUAGUAAGUCACUAUACACGGCAGCUCCUAGAUGCUCUAGAUUACUGUCACACUAGGAAAAUUGUUCAUAGAGAUGUACGGCCUCACAAUUUAGUAUUAGCGUCAAAAGAUACUUCAGCUCCACUGAAACUGUGUGGAUUUGGAGUUGCAAAAGAUUUGUCUGAAAUUGGUGGUUCAAUGGCUUGUGGUCGAGUAGGUGUACCGCAAUUCAUGGCUCCAGAGAUAGUGCGAAAAGAUCGAGUGUCAUGCUCGUCGGAUAUCUGGUCUUCCGGUGUCGUCCUUUUUCUCUUGCUAGCUGGACGAUUACCUUUCUCCGGGUCUACUUCCGAUAUCUAUGAAAGGAUCAUGCAAACAGAUGUAGAUGUUGACGGAUAUAUGCCAAAUAUUUCUGAAAGUGCACGGAACCUUGUGAGAAGAAUGCUCAACGCGGACCCUUCAAAACGAAUCAGUGCAAAAGAAGCUCUGAACCAUGAAUGGAUCAGAGAUAAAGAACACAUGGCGAGCAGAAAACACAUGAAUGACGUCAUUGAUCAGAUGCGAAGGUACAAUGAAUCAAGAAAAUUGAAGAGCAAUGUGUUGUCGGCCGUCAAUAGUGGCAGGUUUGACGAGACGACUCCCCGGCAAGACACACCUCAAACCGCAUUCGUUGACGGAUCAUCGCCAGGUGGAGAUUGCUGUCAUCGUGGAGAGUCAUCGUCAAAUGAUGCAGCCGAACCACCCGCCGACAAGGAUCUGUCAGGAGCUUAUAAGGUUCUUGGAAGUUUGGACGCCAUCAACAGUCUUUUGGACCCCAACAGCUACAAGCCCGGCAGCACCACUUUCCAGAAAAUUCAUGACGACGGGAGUGUUCGGAAUCUGUUAAGGUUGUAUGACAAGAUCAAAGCGUUGCCGUGUGAGCCGGUGGUAACGGAGGUCGACACGUCAACUCUUCGAAAAGAGACACUUAACCAAAUAGACGGCCUUCUUGGACCAAGCCCCGAAGCAUUGGAACUCCGACAACUACUGAAUUCACCACAUUUAGCUAGUUGUGUCCAAGCGCUUGACGUAGUGGUUUGUGAAAUUCGUGAUCCGAAAAAUGAAGCAAGUGGUUCAGGAGACAAGGAGGGCAAUUGUGUAUCAAGUGAUCCAGCACCGGCAUAUCUAAACGGAGGCGUCUUGCCAUUGGGCGCCCAGAGGGCCGGAACAUCCUUCGAGCAUUUCAAUCAAUCGGCUGUCCACACAUCAUACGACGAAGAAGAAGAAGAAUUAUACGACUGCAUGUCGCGAUUAAGGCUUGUGCAAUUUCAAAAAGACACGCAAGAACCAAUGGGAAUUACGUUGAAGGUCAACGAAGAUGGAAGGUGUUUUGUGGCAAGAAUUAUGCAUGGAGGCAUGAUUCAUAGACAAGCAACCCUUCAUGUUGGAGAUGAAAUCCGUGAAAUAAAUGGAAUGAGCGUAGCGAAUCGGAGUGUAGAAUCGCUUCAAGAAAUGCUCAGAGAUGCUCGAGGUCAAGUCACCUUUAAAAUCAUCCCAUCUUACCGAUCCGCACCACCAGCGUGCGAGAUUUUUGUACGUGCUCAAUUCGACUACGAACCAAGUCAAGACGAUCUGAUUCCGUGUCCACAGGCUGGAAUUCCUUUUAAAACUGGCGAUAUUCUUCAGGUAAUCUCCAAGGAUGACCAUAACUGGUGGCAAGCACGAUUUGUAUCUUCGUUCCCGUCAAUUGGAAAUUCUUCAAAUGCACAACGAAGCAAUCAACAGCAAGUGGCAGGCCUCAUUCCGUCGCCGGAGCUUCAAGAAUGGAGGACAGCAUGUUUGGCGAUGGAAAGAUCCAAAAACACUUGUAAUACUCACUGCAUGUGGUUCAACAAGAAGAAAAAGUAUUACACAACUAAAUAUCUUCAGAAGCAUUCUGCACUGUUUGAUCAACUUGAUCUGGUGACUUAUGAAGAAGUAAUGAGGCUGUCACAAUAUCGGAGAAAAACCUUAGUACUUCUUGGAGCUCAUGGCGUUGGCAGAAGACAUAUCAAGAACACUUUGAUACACAGACACCCGAAUAGAUUUGCAUAUCCAAUUCCCCAUACAACUCGACCGCCACGAAAAGAUGAAGUUGAUGGUAAACAUUACUAUUUUGUUACAAAUGAGCAAAUGAUGGCGGACAUUCAAAAUAAUGAAUAUCUAGAGUAUGGAACGCACGAAGAAAGUAUGUAUGGAACAAAGCUAGAAACCAUUCGCAAUAUUCAUAAGAGUGGAAAAAUUGCAAUUUUGGAUGUGGAACCACAAGCAUUAAAGGUUCUGAGGACUGCAGAAUAUUCACCAUUUGUUGUGUUUAUUGCAGCACCAAACUUGCAAGGAAUGCAGGAUCCGGAUGGUUCUUUGGAAAAGCUCUUGAAUGAAUCGGAUGUUCUUCGGCAAGCUUUUGGUCACCUUUUCGACUUUAUCAUCACAAACAGCGAUAUUGAUGACACGAUUGCUCAAUUAGAACGUUUAGUCGAAAAAUUACCCGCUUACCCGCAAUGGCUUCCAGUCACUUGGGUCUACUGAUCUCACACUUUAGGAAUACUUCUUUACCUUUGUUCCAUUCAAAAUCAGUUACUUUCUUCAUGUUGCCGGUGAAAAUCGUUUCAUUUCUUUUUGUUUUAGAAAAAGACGACAAAAAGAAAUUAAAUUCAAUUGGAAAAAGUGACUUCAGUAAAAACUAUGUCAUUAUUUGGAUCAACCCUGUAGUUUUUACGAUCUCAAUUUUUAAAUCGUUAUUCAGUUAUUCGUUUUUUCACACUUCUGGGUAUAUUUGUUCUCGAGCGUAGGAUAUAUUUUCCUUUUAUCUAUAUUUUUACCCUGCAUUUUUCCUAAUAACUGGAGCCAAAUAGUAUGUUUCAAUUCUUCAAUUGCUAUUUUGUUUUUGUCUGAAAAAUAAAAACAAAGAAGCAGCACAAUUUACGGUAAAUUGCCUAUUUCUAUGCUCAUCACGUUCCAUUGUCCUUGUGAUAGAUAAUAAAUUUUGAUUUAUUUUUA